AAUCUAAUUUUUUUAUUCUCAAAGUACCCACUGGGACUGCUCUUUAAAGAUGAGAACAAAACGUCUGAUUUGGUGGACACACUUCGCCACCUUCAGAAAGAGUAUGUGCCAAAGGGACCAGACGGGGUUUCGAAUGUAUUAGUAGGAGGUGACCGGCUAACUGAGGGGAACUGCAGAAACAUACAGUGGGCCUUCUCAGAUGGUGCUACAAAGGAAGACCGACUAGAAGGUCUCAUCUUUAAGUUUGAGGACUGGCAUGCCAUCAGAAACCUCUUUGAAAUCUAUCAUCGGAUUUUCUAUGAUGGUGCAUCCUCAAAAGACCAUGGCACACUUCUAGCCAACAUGACGAAGUUGAGGUACAGCGUCUGCUAUCUGCAAUACAUACUGUACUAUUAUUACUGUUGUUUGAACCUUAAUUACAUUAGGCUUGUCUUUACAUUCUAAACAAUAUUGUUGUUAACUACAAAGAUGAUAAGUACUUUUUGUUGACCAUGCUUUUCACAGCUGUUUCACAAAAACCAGUUCAGAUGUCUGGACAUUUCAUGAAUUGGGUUGUUAUGGGAUGGGGAACACAGUACUGCUAACAUGAACGCAGCUGUGCUGUUCUCGGGGGGCAUUAUUUCAAUUAAUGCAAUGGUAUGGUGCAGCAAUGCAAAACAGGGUCCUCAUGCAGCUUACAAUGCCUAUAAGGAAUUUGUGCAUAAGGACACAACUGCACUCUUCCUAGCUGCUGCAAUGGAGCACUUUGGGUUGCAGGAUAUCUCAGAAAUUCCAGAUGGGUUUGUCCCAGUGGAUGUCAACGACGGAUUGCCACAACUGAAAAGGAGCUGGCUGCAUGAGAAGGUUGGACAGGUUGUGGACACCUUUGUCAUGAUGACAGGUGUCACAGAAGCUGCAAGUCAAAGGCAAGCUGUGACACAGCAAAGGCAGAGGCAUCAGUUUCCGUGUCGUGCGGACGGUUGUGGCAAUGUGUAUAUAUACGCCAAGGCAAGGGAAACACAUGAGAUAAAGAAACACGGCCUUGUGGCUGCGUCAGACUCUUCUCCAGAACAUGCAGGUACAACAAAUCAAGAUCACAAAAAACAACACACAGAAGCCAGACUUGGCUUUGGCUUCUUCCUGUUAAAUAUGCAGGAUGCAGUUAGAGAAGGGGAUGGUGAGAGGUUAAUGAGACUUUAUAAAGUUGCCCUGCUUUUCUAUAAAGCGUAUGGGCAUAGCCAUUAUGCCUACAGUACCUUCCUACUAACACUGCAGGUUAACGUCACACUGUCCCCACGCAUGGCACACAGUGUGAUAUGGAACAGGUUUUGGAACGGUAGAGGUGGAAGGGGGAAAAAUAUUCCUCUUGACCUCCAUCUGGAACACCUGAACAAUUUUUUGAAAUCCUUUAUGAGAGGAUUGGGACCAAACAUGUCAGAAAUGUCUGCAGCCAGAAUCAGUAAGUCCAUUGGCAUUCUGAAGGAGCUGAUGGACAAAACAGACACAGAGCUGGAGCUCACAAGGCCGACUGGCAUUCACCAUGUGGCCCGAGAACAGGAGGACGUUUUAACCCUUGUCAACGUUUUCAGGGAGACUCAACUUUUCAAAAAUUGCCCAGGCAGGCAGUUUCACGCUUUCCCGAAUUUCAAGAAAAACUUAUUGGCAAAACUGAAUUACCGGGAAUUAUGGCAGUGGAUGAAGUCCAAAGUAAUUGACUGGAGAAAUGUUCCUAUUUAACUAGUUACAUAAAUGUGAAAUGUAAAAUGGUUAUGGCAUUACAUUUGUAAAUAAGUGACAAUGUAAAAUGGUUAUUUGAAAAUAAGCGACAAUGUAAAAUGGUUAUGGCAUUACAUUUGUAAAUAAGUGACAA